AUGAAGUUCACCGACGGACUCUGGCGCCGCCCUACGGGUGUCAACUUUAUCGGCGGUGUCGAGGUUGUCGAGGUGCUCCAGGCCAACGAGCAGGGCCUCGAGUUCAUCGUCGCUCCCCGUCACGUCGCCACCCGUGGUGACACCCUUAACAGCCCCCUGCUGACUGUCAACAUCUCGUCGCCUGCCAACGAUGUCCUCAAGGUCCGCAUUGACCACCACAUUGGUAUCCGCGAGCGUGGCCCCCACUACGAGCUCUACCCCGACGGUGCUCCUGCUGCCCCCAAGACCUCGGUCUCAAAGGACAAGGCCGACCACCUCGGUUUCACCUCUGGCUCGCUGAGCGUCGACGUCAACACUGCGGCCUACUCGUACGGCCUUACCUUCAGUGACGCGACCUCUGGAACCGACGAGUUCCUGUGUGCUUCCCACCCCAAGGGCCAGGGUGUCGCCGAUGUCCCCUGGCACCUUACCCUCGGCUCGCAGAGCCAGUCGAGCUGCAUGGCCACUCUGGCCGAGACCAUGGUUCGUCGCGACCACACCGCCCACGAUGUCACCCGCCAGCAGGCCCUUGUCCGCUACAUGCUGAGCGAGGUCACCUUGUCUGUCGGCGAGACCAUCUACGGUCUUGGUGAGCGCUUUGGCCCCUUCGUCAAGAACGGCCAGGUUGUCGGUAUCUGGAACCAGGACGGUGGUACCUCGUCCGAGCAGACGUACAAGAACGUUCCCUUCUACCUGUCGUCCAAGGGCUACGGUAUGUUUGUCAACCACACCGAGGAGGUCGAGUUUGAGGUUGGCCGCGAGAAGUGCUCCAAGAUUGGUGUCUCGGUGAAGGGCGAGCGCCUCGAGUACUUUAUCAUUGGUGGUGGCUCGAUGAAGGCCGCUCUUGCCAACUACGUCCGCCUCACGGGCCAGCCUGCCCUCCCCCCGGCCUGGACGUACGGCCUGUACCUGUCCACCUCGUUCACCACCUCGUACGACCAGAACACUGUGUCGGGCUUCCUCAAGCAGAUGAAGGAGCGCAAGUGCCCCGUCCGCGUCCUGCACCUCGACUGCUUCUGGAUGAAGCGCUACGACUGGUGCUCGUUUGACUUUGACCCCGAGUGCUUCCCCGACCCGGCCAAGUACCUCGCCGACGUCAAGAAGGAGUACGGCGUCAAGGUCUGCGUCUGGAUCAACCCCUACAUUGCCCAGCGCGCGUCCAUCUUCAAGGAGGGUGUUGAGAACGGCUACUUUAUCAAGCGCACCAACGGCGACGUCUGGCAGUGGGACGAGUGGCAGCCUGGCAUGGCCGUGGUUGACUUUACCAACCCCGCCGCCUGGAAGUGGUACGCUGGUCUCGUUACCAAGCUCCUCAAGAUGGGUGUCGACACUGUCAAGACCGACUUUGGAGAGCGUAUCCCCUUUGUCGACGUCCAGUACCACGACGGCUCGGACCCUUACAAGGCCCACAACUUUUACGCCCACCUCUACAACAAGUGUGUCUUUGAGACUGUGCAGAACUUUUACGGCAAGCACGAGGCCGCCCUCUUCGCGCGCUCGGCCACUGCCGGUGGCCAGCGCUUCCCCGUCCACUGGGGCGGUGACUGCGAGUCGACCUACGAGGCCAUGGCCGAGACCCUGCGCGGCGGUCUGUCGCUCGCGGCGUCCGGCUUUGCCUUCUGGUCGCACGACAUUGGAGGCUUUGAGGGUCUCCCCGACCCGGCCCUCUUCUGCCGUUGGGUCGCGUUUGGCCUCUUCUCGUCGCACUCGCGUCUGCACGGCUCCAACUCGUACCGUGUCCCGUGGAACUAUGGCGAGGAGGCCGUCACCGUCACUGCCAAGAUGGUGCGCGAGAAGCUCCGUCUCAUGCCCUACAUCUACGGCCAGUCGGUCAAGGCCCACGAGGAGGGUCUGCCGCUCAUGCGCGCCAUGAUCCUCGAGUUCCCCGAGGACCCCACCUCGGCCCACCUCGACCGCCAGUACAUGUUCGGCGACUCGCUGCUUGUCGCGCCCGUCUUCCACGGCUCCAAGGCGUCCUUCUACAUCCCCGCCGGCAAGUGGACCUGCUACUGGACCGGCGAGGUCAUCGAGGGCCCCAAGUACGUCACCAAGACCGACUACCCGCUCGACCUCAUCCCGGUCUUUGUCCGCCCCAACACGGCCCUCCUCGUGGGUCCCGAGGACGUCUCGGUCCCCGACUACGAGUACGCCACCGUCGGCCUCGAGCUGCGCACGUACCAGCUCGAGACCGACGUCGAGGUCAAGGUCCCCACGGGCACGGGCCCCAACUGGGCCGGCGUCGUCAAGGUCGCCGCCGACGGCAAGGCCAGCGCGUCGGGCGUCAAGCUUCUCUAA